UUUUUAUGCCUUUAUGUGAACUAUAUAACAUAAAGGAAGAGAUAAAUGGUAGAUAUAAUAUUGAAGUAGAAGUGAAGCUGUGUUCUGGCUCUGGCAAGAUGGCGACACUGGCUCCUCCUGUCCGUGUUUCUCCACUAAUUAAGUUUGGUCGCUGGGCAGCUCUGCUAACUGGUAUCAUAUAUGGAAGGAGCCACUUUAAAUCACUAAGUGCAAAGGAAGCUAUUCUCAGAGAAGAAGAAGCCAAGCAUGCUGUUAUUAGAAAUGCUCAGCUUGCUGAAGAAAAGAACAGAUUAAACAGAGGUGAGAUGAUCUAUUUAGCAGAACAGGCUGGUGUCCCAGUUCCACCAAACUUCUAGCAUGACCUCCUUCAGUUACAUUCUUGUCUUCGAUAAGUCUAUGAGCUGUAUAGAAAUAUAAUGAAAUGGUAAACUAUGUAUAAAGUAUGUCUCUUAUUAAAUAAAUUAAGACUGACCA